GGAUGUGAUGCUCUGACACUCCCUCACUCACAAGGCUGCACAACAACUUUACUCUGCAGCCAGUGCUUUUAUUUGGUGGAGUGGUGUAGGACAAGCAAACUUACUGGCAGUAAACUCCAGACUGCGGGGGGUGCAAGAGUUUGCUGUGUGUUUUGUUUUUUACUUUUCUUUUCUGGAAGCAACAAAUACAAUCCAGCAGUCCUGUCCUGUGCUGUGUUUCCCAUAUGUCGCGAAAGCAUGACUACAACCUCCGUAGUAUGAGCAACCUGAUGGGCGAGCGGUGGAAGAAAGCGGGCGACGGAGGAGAGCGGAGUCUCAUCAGAGCUCCGUCCAGCGCCAGCAUCGGCAGCCACGGCGCCUCCGUCGGAGCUUCCACCGCCACCGGUGCCCCAACAACAUCAACAUCAUCAUCAUCAGCAGCAGCAGCAGCAGUAGGUUCAGCCACAGCAGCCUCCUCCUCCACGGGGGACCUGGAGAGAGCUGCCCGAAAGCAGUUCCAGCAGGAUGUCACGCCCGGUUUCGUCUAUGUCCUGGCUGUGUUCUCCGCGUUGGGGGGCUUCCUGUUCGGGUACGACACCGGGGUGAUCUCCGGGGCCAUGCUCCUGCUGAAGAAGGAGCUGCACCUGAACGCGCUGUGGCAGGAGCUGCUCAUAUCAUGUACUGUGGCCGCGGCUGCCCUCUCCGCCCUGCUGGGCGGCUUCCUCAAUGGGCUCUUCGGGCGCAGAGUGUGCAUACUGUUGGCCAGCUUCUUCUUCACCGUCGGCGGGAUCGUGCUGAGCACCGCCCCCGGCAAAGAAGUGCUCCUGACGGGGAGGCUCAUAGUCGGAGUUGGGCUUGGUAUUGCCUCUAUGACAGUUCCUGUGUACAUCGCUGAGGCCUCUCCGCCCCACCUCAGAGGUCAGCUGGUGACCGUUAACACCCUCUUCAUCACCGGGGGACAGUUCACUGCCAGCCUCAUCGAUGGUGCCUUCAGCUACCUGCAGCGCGAUGGGUGGAGGUACAUGUUGGGCCUGUCAGUGAUUCCUGCCUUGAUCCAGUUCGUGGGAUUCCUGUUCCUGCCGGAGAGUCCUCGCUGGUUAAUCCAGCGUGGACUGACCCAGAAGGCCCGCCGUGUGCUCAGCCAGAUCCGAGGGAACCAGAACAUCGAUGAGGAGUACGACAGCAUCAAGAACAGCAUUGACGAGGAAGAGAAGGACAGUGGAGGAGAUGGCCCCGUGAUCUGGCGGAUGCUGACCUACCCCCCGACUCGCCGAGCUCUCUUGGUUGGCUGUGGUCUGCAAAUGUUCCAGCAGCUUUCAGGAAUCAACAUUAUCAUGUACUACAGCGCCACCAUCCUGCAGAUGGCAGGAGUGCGGGAUGACAGGUUGGCUAUCUGGUUAGCCGGGAUUACCACUCUCACCAACUUCCUGUUUACGCUGCUGGGGGUGUGGCUGGUGGAGAGAGUGGGACGCAGGAAGCUCACUUUGGGCAGCAUCAUAGGUACAUGUUUGAGUUUAAGUCUGUUGGCCACAGGCUUCCUGAUAUCAGCACAGCACAGUCCUCCCAUCACCUUUCACCCAUUAGACCCUGCCAUGGCCAACUCUACCUGCUCCAAGUACCAGCUGUGUGAGCCGUGCAUGCUGGACCCCGCUUGCGGUUUCUGUUACCGUGAGAACAGUUCGGCUCUCCUCGCCUCCUCCUGCGUUCCUGUCAAUAAGGCCUCCACUGAGCAAGCCGCGUGGGGCAGAUGCUCUAACGUCAGCCUGAUGAAAGAUCACACUUACUGGGCCUACAACUACUGUCCCACCUCCUACUCCUGGCUGGUUUUACUGGGUCUGGUGCUCUAUCUCGCUGCUUUUGCACCAGGAAUGGGUCCAAUGCCAUGGACCAUCAACUCCGAAAUCUACCCGCUGUGGGCGAGGAGCACGGGGAACGCGUGUGCAGCGGGAGUCAACUGGACCUUCAACAUUCUGGUCUCGCUCACCUUCCUCCACCUGGCUCAGUACCUCACCUAUUAUGGAGCUUUCUUCCUUUACUCCAGCCUGGCACUGCUGGGUUUCGUCUUCAUCUAUGGCUGCCUGCCAGAGACUAAGGCCCGACGUCUGGAGGAGAUCGAGGCGCUGUUCGAAAACCAGCUGUGCUCCUGCGGCGCCUCGGAUUCCGACGAAGGACGGCAGGUUGAGUACAUUCGAGUCAAAGGUUCAAACUACCACCUAUCAGACAAUGACGCAUCUGACGUGGACUAAGGAGAGCGUAGUGGUUUGUGGUCUCUUUCUCUGUGAAUGUUUUGUGUGGCUUUACUGGAACAUGCAGAAUGGCUGGGUCUGUAAUAUUUAUUUAUUUAUUUAUUUUUUACAUGAGCUGAGGAGUCACCAAAUGUACUAUUUUGCUUCUGUCAUUCAUGUGAGUUCACUUUCAGGAAUCCAAAACCAGUGAUGAUGCUGUAGUUUGAGUGGGAACGUUUAGUCUUUACUCUAAUCUCUGAGUUGAGGGUGAAUCUGGAGUCCAACCUGUGUUAAUCAGCAGCUGAGUCCUCGACCAUGCAUGUGGAAAAAGGCUAACACGAUACUGAUUCUGUGUCUUUUUCAUGGGACAGCAAACAAAUCUGUCACAUUUUCUUUC